AUGCCUCCAAGGAUCCAUAUCAUUCGACAUGCACAAGGCGAGCACAACGCAACUCGCAACUACUCUAUCCGCGAUGCGCUUCUAACCCCAAAAGGGAAAGGGCAAUGCAGCACUCUGCAGGCCGCCUUCAAGUACCACAACGACAUCGACAUUGUCUUCUCAUCACCUCUGCGGCGCACUAUCCAGACCGCAUCAUUGUGUCUGGGCCCUGCGUUAGCGCGAAAGGAAGUGCCUUUUGUGCUCUUGCCGUCAUUGCAAGAAGUCAGCAACGUUGGCUGUGAUGUCGGUCUCGCAGACACUGCAGAGGACGUGAAGCGCAUAGUACCAACUCUUUUUGCCGAGGGCGAGCUGCCGUUUGACUACAACAAGAUCGAUGCUUCACACGUGACUGAGGGGUGGAACAGUAAAAAAGGAUACUGGGCAUAUGAGCGAGAUGCGAUAUCGAAACGAGCAGCAGACUUGAGGAGCUUCUUGAUGCAGCGAUCAGAAAAGCAGAUUGCACUGGUUACGCAUGGUGCAUUUGCUCACUUCCUAACCGAAGACUGGGAUGUCGCCGACCCAAUGACAGGCACAGCAUGGCUGAAUUGUGAACAUCGUAUAUUCGACUUCACAUCUGAUUCCAACGCUGCAGAUGCCCAUCUCGAAGAGACCGAUGUAAGCAAAUCGUCGAGAGGAUUCGAAGAGCGAGAGAUGGACCCACAUGUGUUUGAAGAGUUGAAGGCCGUCUCGUCCAACGAAAGCCAGAGCUGA